AUGCAAACGAUGGAUACGCCCCCAAGUACCCCCCCACAUCGCCCCAAGGGCGGCGAGCUUUCAGUGGGCCGACGCAUUGCAAUUGUAGUGGAGGCUGCGCUGGCUAUUCCGCCGGGCCAAGUACAGAUACCCAGGGGUGCGCUGGGCCCAUCGACACCAACAGACACUUUUUCUGCCCGCAAGUUGCGGAACCACCAAGUGUCUUAGUUUUAGUGUGGGGACACUAUAAUACUGCUUUGAGUAUAGGGGGGCGCGAUGUGGGUCGCUGAGUAGAGGGGGGGGGAUUCGGGCCCUACUCUGUUGUUUUUUUGCCCCGCAAGUGUCUUGGUUUUAGUGUGGACCCCAAAAUGUCUUGAAUUCAGUGUGUGGGUCACUAUCAAUAUGGUUUAGUAUGGGGGACGUAUUGUGGAUGGCUGAGUCUAGUCGGGGUUAGCUUUAGGGUUGGGGAUAGUUCUUGGUUUUUUGGGGGGGGGGUUAGGCUCAAUGCCGCACGUACCCCACCCCCCGGAAAAGGGCAAAAUAUGGCCGUUUUCGGGCCGACUCAAAGUUUUCCGGCCGUCUAGUCGCAUGGUUCAAGCACCAGUUUUAGAAGGAAAAACAUGUUCUCUUGCUAAAAAAACGCCGUAGAAUUCAACAAAAAAAACGAAAAACAGAUCGGACACCGUUAAGGCGGCUUAAAAACCUAACAGACCAGACUUAUGAUACAGAGGAAGUAUGUAUAUGCUAUAUUUAAUCCUGACUUUCUUACGUCUUCUCACUCUGCAUCAGUCUCUGCAUUGCAUCUAUCUGUCUCGCCACGGCGCGGAAACCUUUCGCAUCUAUCCUGUGUUCUCUCUCCCAUCCAUCAUUCAAUUCACAUUUUACCCCAGUCUCUCUCGGCUCUCACAUGUCGAACAUCUUCUCAUCUUUUCAGCCAAUGUGCCCGGGAUUUUUCCAGCCCAUACACGUUCGGGAUUUGUCCGGGCAACAUAUUUACAUUCGAAAUUUCGGACCACUUUUUUUCAGUCCGCUCAUACAUACAUGGAGUCUUACUGCCCGGCCGGUGCUGCGUAGCUCCCCGAAAACGUGAAAAGAGGGAGCCGGGAUUUUUUGGGGCUUGCUCGUUUCACGGUUCCGGGGAAAAACGCCCCGCUUUUCCCGGGCAGCCGAAGCAGACACCGGUCACGCGUGCUGCCUUCAUCACACCACACCUAGACAGCACCCACAACACCCCAAGAAGCUUCCCACGGCAAGUCGACCACCAUGGCUGAGCGCGGGAAGCGCCAGGAUCCCACAGACCCCGCAGCGCAACGC